CUGAGGAAAAUGCUUGAUCUCCUGGUGCAUGCUUCUCAAUGCCGGUCUGCACUUUGCCAGUAUCCCAACUGCCGGAAGGUGAAGGGACUUUUCCGCCAUGGUAUGGGCUGCAAGACGCGUGCUUCUGGAGGUUGUCCUUUGUGCAAGAAAAUGUGGUACCUCCUCCAGCUGCAUGCCCGUGCGUGCAAGGAAACCGAAUGCACUGUACCUCGUUGCAGGGACUUGAAGGAUCACAUGAGAAGGCUACAACAGCAGUCAGAUUCACGUAGAAGGGCUGCUGUAAAUGAAAUGAUGAGGCAACGUGCUGCAGAGGUUGCCGGCAAUUCUUCAUAA